AUGGAAAAAGAAACUAUAGAUAAAACGGAGGAGGAGGAAAAUAAAGCUAGCAAAUUUAGUUUCAAUACGAUAGCAUUACCUGUGCUUGUCGGAAUCUCAAUGGUAUCAAUUUUAGGUGGUUUUGGCGCUACUAUUUCAUUAACAAGAAGAAAACAUCCAGAUGUAUUCAUGCAUAGCCAAUAUGAAGGAGGAAGAUUAGCAACUAGAGCCUUAGGCUGGGCUACAGUAAUCUCAUGUGGUGGAUUUGCAAUGGCAAUCAUAUCAGUUCGAACUCUUUUCAAUGUUCACAGUGCUAAAGAAUUUGGCGAUAAAAUGAGGAGCAUUAUGCCUUCAAAAGAUGGCGAAUUUGUAAAACGGUUCGAACAUAUGCGAUUACCGAGAAAUAACUCCAUCUCAAAAGAUGAUGAUAGUAAAAAAUGA